AUGGCGGUACGGUCCGAGUCGCAGCAGGCGAUAUUCUCGUCCUACGCCCCGCGAUUACGCACCUACAACAAUGCCCUCCUCCAGCCUGUCCUCCCUGGCGCCGCCCCCGCGAACCCCCUCGCCCGCACCACCAAACGGGGGACAACCAUCAUAAAUUAUGCCGAAGAUGGGUACGACGACUACGACGACGAUGACGACGACAGCAGGCGGCGCCCUACCGGCUUGCGUAGCCUGCGCCGCGACGACAGCGCCACCAAGAUCGACCCCAGUGAGAAGGUCGGCAAGGACACGGCGGAACCUGUCGAGGUGCAGGGGAUCUACCGGGACUGGAUGGGCAAGGUGCGCCCUAACCGGUCUGAUGCCCAAAACUACGCCCAGGCUUGCCUCCCGCUCACCCUGAUCCCCAUCCGGAUCGACCUCGACAUUCCCGCCUUCACGCCACAGCCCGCCCUCGUCGCACCCGGGCCGGUGGAUCCAACCCACCCCUUCUACAAGCCGCAGGAGACAACAGUACCCUACCGACUACGGGAUACCUUUCUAUGGAAUCUACACGAGAGCUUGAUUACCACCGACAUGUUUGCGACGCAACUGGUCCAGGACCUCGACCUGCCCAACCGCGCGGCCGCCAUUCCCGAGAUAAGCAAACAAAUACGCACCCAACUAGAAGAGUACGCCGGUGUCGCCCUCCACCCUCUCUUUCACUCGCACACGACUCGCGCGAGUGUGCCCGAGCCCUCAAAAUCAUCAGGACGGCUCGAUUCCUCAACGCCAGCACCGAACCCGGCCCUGAGCCGCGCCGACACCCCGAUGGGCAGCAACCACGUCCCCGCCACUCCGUCCCGACUCGGGGGCAGGCCGACCACACCCGCCGUUGUCCAAACCGCCCAGGGUGAAGUGACAGCCGCGGCGUCCCCGAUGCCCCCGGACGCGGCCGACGACGACGGCAGCCCCGACGACACCUACCGCUGCAUCAUCAGCCUCAAUAUCAACCUCUCGUCGCAGGUCUACACGGACAAGUUUGAGUGGUCGCUCCUGCACCCGCCGGGCACGGCCGAGAUCUUUGCCAAGCAGACAUGCGCCGACCUCGGCCUACACGGCGAGUGGGUGCCCGCCAUGACGCACGCCAUCUACGAGGCCGUGCUCAAGUUGAAAAAGGAAGCCUGCGAGUCGGGCGGCCUGGUGGCCGGGUGGGGCGCGUCUGCCGCGGCCGCCGCCACCGCUGCUGCGGGCGGGACGCUUCCCGCGGGGUCGGGCGCCAACGAGUUUCCCAACGACGCGGCCCCCAAGCUCGAGGUGCUGAGUAAGGAGGAGAUCGAGAAGCGCGAGGGCGACCGCGAGCGCCAGAUCCGUCGCCUGCGGCGUGAAACGGCCCGGUUCAGUAGCAACACGGGUAUGGCGGGGGGGAUGCCCGCCGGGUUUGCGUUUUCCGGCCUGAUUGAGCAGGAGGAGGAGCGCAUGGGCCGCGGCGAGCGCAGCAAGAAGAAGAAGAAGCGGUUUAGGAGUUUGUCGCCGGCUGGGAGGCGGUCGGGCACCCCCGGGGGUAGGGGUACACCUGCUGCUGGGGAGGGUUAUGGAGGGGGUGGGACGCUGUCGGAGCUGGAGAGGUCGACGUGGCGGUGCUCCCAUUGUAGGGUCUGGGGUACCAGCGUGUGGGCGGUCAGGGACGGGCCGUUUGGGCCGAGGACUCUCUGCAACAACUGCGGCUUCAUGUACGAGCGCGACCGCAAGCUCCCCCGCUGGACCAAGAUGCUCCCACGCCGGCGAUGCCCGGCCGUUCUAGGCGGGCGGCAAGGGCUCCAAGCCGGACGGGGGCAGGCGGCAAGGGCGCCAGGCCCGACGUGGCCGCGGCAAUGGCAGCGAUCGUGGCAGAGGCAAAGGCAACGGCAAUGGUAA